GACGCUUAUACUGCUGUCGAUGAGAGAGGAAUAGAACGAGCUUAUACAGAGACCACCCAAGCGAGUCGCCUAAGUAAAUAUAUUAGGCGUAACAGUCUGCUGCAGGUGUUGUAGGUUCUGGUUUGAAUGCGAUGUGUAUGUUCCGUUCGUCGUUGCUGUAAUUUUAGCUGUGUCAUGACGGCGUAGGGUUAGCAAAGAUUGUGUAAUGUCUGAAUGUACGUUGUUUGCUGUCUCUUCUGCAAGCUGACAGUUCUACUGUUUUGUGUGGGGUUAACGGUAUAGUUGGCAGUUGGAUUUACGUCUUGUUAUAAUAGAUAAACAGAUAUUAUGGCGGAAUAUUCAGUCAAUGGAAAUAUUGCCAUUAUAAAGCUAAGCAAUGGUAAAUUGAACCCACUGAGCGAAUCUGUGAGGACGGGUAUCAAGUUGUAUUUAAAAAAGGCUUUGGAUGACCAAACAGUCGAAGCCAUAGUUUUACGUGGAAGCGAAAAACAUUUUUCAGUAGGUGCUGACAUUUCAGAAUUUGGAGGGGAUUCGAUCAAAACACAUUUGGGCGAUGUCUGUGACGAGAUUGAAGCCAGUAGAAAACCAGUCGUGGCUGCGAUUCAUGGUUACGCCCUUGGUGGAGGUUUUGAGAUUGCGCUGUCCUGUCAUUAUAGAGUCGCCAGUUCAGAUGCUGUUGUGGGUUUCCCGGAAGUAAAGUUAGGAAUACUUCCGGGUGCAGGUGGCACACAGAGAUUUCCUCGAAUCGCUGGACUAGAUGCUGCAAUGCAAUGGAUCACUACAGGAAAACAGUACUCGGCCAAUACUGCAGCGAAACUUGACGUUAUUGAUCGAAUUAUUUCGAAAGGGACCGAUGUUAUCAAAGAGUCGAUCGCAUUUGCUCGAAUUGUGGCGACUAAGUCUCUAUUAGGAAAAAGAUCAGCUGAUAGAAGAGUCAAAGAUACCGACUGUGUGGAUGAAAUUGCAGCAAAAUAUACGCAAAUUGUGCAUAAAAAGUCUCGAGGACAAUACGCCCCGAUUUAUUGCAUAGAAGCAGUAAGAUAUGCUGCGCAAAGCACCUUGGCUGAAGGAUUGAAAAAGGAAUCUGAAAUCAUAUCGAUGCUGGGGAAAUCUGGCCAAGCGAUUGCUCUAAGAUAUGCAUUCUUUGCGGAAAGACAAGUGCAAAAAUGGAGCGUUCCUGGAAGUGAUAUAUCAUGGCACAACUCCAAACCUAUGCCCGUAAAGCUCGGCGCUGUUAUUGGUCUCGGUACAAUGGGGCGAGGAAUUGUCAUGAAUUUCCUUCUUGCUGGGGUUCCAGUUAUUGUUAUAGAGAUGAACGAAAAGUUUCUCAGUGCUGGUAUGAAAUCAGUACAUGCACUCAUUGACGACAUGGAACGCCAUCAAAAGAUCACUAAGCAGCAAAAUGCAAUGAUGAAGAAGGCCGUGACUGGUACUUUGAAUUAUAACGAUUUAAAAAAUGUCGAUCUAGUCAUUGAAGCUGUUUUUGAAGAGAUCUCACUUAAAGAAAAAGUUUUCAAAGCGCUGGAUAAUGCUUGCAAGCCUUCUGCGAUACUGGCCUCGAAUACAAGUGCUCUGGAUAUUGACAAAAUUGCUUCUUUUACUAGAAGACCUGAAAAGGUGAUGGGGAUGCACUUCUUUGCACCGGCUAACUUGAUGCGCCUCUUGGAGAAUGUCAUGGGAUCGAAAACUUCUAGUGAGACGAUCGCAACUUGUAUGGACAUGGGAAAGCGAAUGGGUAAAGUCACCGUACUUGUCGGAAAUUGCUACGGCUUUGUUGCAAACCGAAUGUACUUUAACUACAAAGCUGAGUCCUGGUAUCUCGUCGAAGAAGGCUCGUUGCCAGUGGAAGUCGACAAAGCAGUAAAAGAUUACGGAUUCGCAAUGGGGGCAUUUGUUGUUGAUGAUCUUUCAGGCCUUGAUCUUGGAUAUCGUAUGCGUACUGCGUUUGGGUUGACACCAAAACAGCAAAUUCCUGGAACCCAAGAGAACGUUCGAAGUGGAUUGAGAUACUGCCCGUUGCCUGAUUAUCUUGUAGAAGUCGGACGGUACGGUCUCAAGACGAAGAAAGGAUGGUACGAUUACCCUAACGGCAGAAUUCCUGUUGAGUCAGGCGAGGUGUCGAAAAUUAUCAGCGAUUACCGGAGUCGUAUUGGAGCUACUGCGCGUAAAAUUGAUCAUGAAGAAGUGAUCGAAAGAUUGGUGUUCGCUCUCGUCAAUGAGGGUUUCAAAGUUCUUGAUGAUGGAAUCGCAGCGUCUCCUAUGGAUAUAGAUAUGAUCUGGAUACACGGAUACGCUUUCCCAAGUCACACCGGUGGUCCUAUGCACUAUGCAAGUAAAAUUGGGCUUUCAAAAGUUCUGGCGCGUAUAAGGCACUAUUAUGAAAAGUUCGGGAAUGUGGUGCCACAGUGGACUCCUAGUCCAAUGCUAGAACGUAUCGUGGAGAAACGCGGGGAUCUUGAUAUGAGCCAAUGGAUGCAGUACUCUAGCGCCACCAAGACUAAAAGUAAUCUGUGAUAUCACUAUGCCAACAUAUACUUUAAUUUUGUUAGAAAUUAAAUGCAAUUUAUCUUUGAAUCUUCAUAUCGAAUUUAAUUCGUUUAUUUUUGCUUUUAUCAAGUUGAAUAUUAAGUCAGAAACGUCAUGGAUAAAUCAUUUGCUUUAUUGAGAGUACCAGACUCUGUCGCCUGCCUAAUUUUGUUGAGUGCUAUACAUCUUCAUUAUGUACCCCCUUUGAUCCUUUAUGCAUGCUGGACCGCCAUGUUCUCUCAUUUUUGUUCUGCCAUUUUAUGUGGAGUUUGCCGUGAUUGCAAUUUGGCAUCUAUGCACAGUUUGAAGCCAUAUUCUCCAAAAUUUUUAAUUAAAAAUUACAGGAGUUUGAAAAUCAAUAAUGUGCAUUUUCUCAGGGCACCUUUUUCAAAUUUCGCCCUUCUGCGUUUAAGCUCUUGAUACUAAAAUGUGUCGAUUUGAUAACAUCUAUCCAAAGUCUAUCAGUAUUAAAUUUGAAAUAUCUAUUCAUAUCAUUGUAUAUCUCAGUCAUUGAAAUAGAUCAGUGGUUGGUUCUCAACCUUAAUACCUUUCUCAUGCAAUG